UCUGGGCAUCCUGCUCUAUGACAUGCUGACCGGCUCGCCGCCAUUUACUGGAAACAACCGGAAGAAGGUCACUGAGCGGAUCCUAAAAGGAAAGCUGUCUUUCCCCCCGUACAUCACCCCCGAUGCCUGUGAUCUCGUGAAGAAGCUCCUGAAGAAGAACCCCGCUCAGAGGCUUGGAUCUGGACCGGCUGAUGUGGCAGAAAUACAGAAACAUCGAUUCUUCAGACAAAUUCACUGGGAGGAUCUUCUACAGUGUAAACUGGAGCCGCCAUACAAGCCGAUCCUGCUUUCUGAGGACGACGCCAGUCACUUUGGAACGCACUUCACCAGACAGACGCCUAUAGACAGCCCCGACGCCGGCAUCAGUGAGAGCGCGAACCAGGCCUUCUUGGGUUUCACGUACAUCGCGCCAUCUGUUCUGGACAGUCUUCGCGAGGUCUUUAGCUUCCAGUCGUGGCACCAGGCACCUCUCCCUCAGAGCCCCGGAAGUCUCCCGACCGUCCCCGUGAACGAGGUGAAGUCCCCGGAGUCCUCUCAGCCACUUCCAAUCUCCUCAAGAGGGCGGAAAUCUAAAGGGCGACAAGGCGUGUGAUCCAGGCCAACCUCUGACCCCCCCCGACACUGCGACGAGCCGUAACACCUUGUGUUAGACACAGCAGCAGCCGGAGACAUCUCGUAACUGUGUAAGAGCACUCAGGGAAAUAUACAUCGUACACAAGACCGUCUCCUGUCAUGUGACUUCACUGAGUACCUGUGACAUAACAGUAUGUGGGGGCGGGGCAUCUCGUCUUCUGCUUUUCCUCUGUUAUUCCUCCUGGAAUUGAAUACAUUGUGCAGGGACGCGCCCAGUGUAAUGAGGAGCAGCGCAACGCAAUGAUGCUCCAGAAAAGUUAUUGCAGGGAGGAAAUGUAAGAGUGUCGUCGUUUAUCAAAGAGGUUAUCCAGGAAUAGAAAAACGGCGCCACCCUCAGGUUGUGUGUGUUAUUAAAACUCAGCUCCAUUCACUUCAAGCUGCAAUACCGCAUAUAACCUUAGGACAGGGUGGCGCUAUUUAUGGAAGAAAUUGUUCUUUUCUAAUCCUGAAUUACCCCUUUUAAGGUCACCUGUCAAUGGACGAUUGACCUGUGACCCCGCAGAGGAUCAUAACACUAUAUACUCUGUGGCGGGAAUGUCAUUGGGAGGAUGAUUGAUGCACCGGGGGCAAAAUAUCGCCAUGAAUUAAGAUGCCAAAAACUUCAUAGCAGAGAAUUAAGGUAGGAGAAACUCUGAAUGCAUAUAUAUAAUUUUUAAUUCUUGAUUUUCCUCUAUAGGUUCUUAAUAAAAAUUCAGCUUAGUUUCUCUUCUACAGCCACUUGGUUUAACAUUAAGGCUGGGUUCACACUACGUUUUCUCCCAUACGGGAGCGCAUAC